GGUUCCUGAUCGUCAGCUGACUAGGGAGAGUUAGGUCAGACUCAAAGCAGACUUUCCAGAGUUUGUUGUGUUUGUUGAGACUGCAAAUGUCAGUUUUUUUACGCCAAUAAUUGAUUCCCGAGGUUCAAAAAAUAUAUGAACACCAUGGCGUCUUUUUUGUUUUGUGGUCCAAAGCUCGCAGCUUGUGGAAUUGUCCUUAGUAUUUGGGGAGUCAUAAUGCUGUCAAUGCUGGGGAUUUUCUUCUCUACUCACUCGGCUGUAUUAAUAGAGGAUGUGCCUUUCCGUGAGGAGGAUAUGCACAAUGUGCAGAAUCCCCUGCUACCCAUUUAUGAAUUGUAUAAUCAAGUGGGCUACAACUGCUUCAUUGCAGCAGGCAUCUAUGUGUUGGUGGGCGCCCUGUCCUUUUGCCAGGUCCGGCUGAACAAACGCAAGGAGUACUUGGUGCAUUAGCUCUCCUAGUGGCCACCGCACCCACCCCACCCCACCUCACCUCAUACCUGCUUACUUGGACCUGAUUUGACAGAGAUCCUUUGGUCUGUAAAUAGCAAUGUAUUGUUUGUUAACAUUAUCAUUCAUUGUGCCACAUCACCUGAUGCUCUCUGAGAAUCAGUCCAUAAGGAGGUAUGCUUUGUGAUGUAUGUGUGAUGUAUGUGUGUGACGUAUGUGAUUUCUUAACAUGCACAACUUAGUAGCAGAGCAGAGUCAGUGUUCCACAGCUGCUCAUGUUGAAAUGUGCCUUACUGUAAUGAAAUGCCUUAUCUCUGGACCAGAUGCUUGUCAACCACGCCUUGACAAAAAUGAUUUAUUACGUGUCGUGUAAUAAAAUAAAAGUGAAAAACA